CAAACAUCAAAGCCUUAAAAUUUUCACCAAUAAUAAUUAUUAACUUCCAUCGGCCGACCUUAGUCUUCCACGUUUGGCCAACUUGCAAUCGGCAUAAGCCUUUUAGCAUAUCAUUUCUUUUCUCUUCUGUCGUAAGCCUCUGUCUCUUUCUCAGUCUCUUCAUCAUAUUUCUAUCUAAAACCUCCAUUGCAACCCCCUUCCCCACCGGAGAUCUCCCAUUUUUCGGCGGUGGGAAAAGGGUAGUUGAGAGUUACGACAGUUAAACUCUGAAAGGGUCCUCUUGUUUGUUGGUAUCUUGCUUUCUUUUCUCUUGGUGGAUCUUUUAUUUUUUGUCUCCGGCUGCCAUGGUGAUGAAGGUGGCGUCGCCAAAAAACGUUGCUUCCAUCACAGAGAAAGUAUGGCAGAGAGUUUAUGGGAAUCAUGGCAGUAGCAGCAGCCGUUAUCAUCAUCAUAGUCAUCAUCAUAAAAGGAGAUGUUGUUAUGAGAGUGAAGAUGAAUACGAGGAUGAUGAUGGGACCAUACAAUUGAUGCAGAUGGGUGCUGAAAGAACCAAGAAUGUGCUGAUUCUCAUGAGUGAUACGGGUGGUGGCCAUAGAGCUUCAGCUGAGGCCAUCAGGGACGCCUUUAGAAUUGAGUUUGGAGAUGAAUACAGGAUAUUUGUGAAAGAUGUUUGGAAAGAAUACACAGGCUGGCCAUUAAACAACAUGGAGAGGUCCUACAAGUUCAUGGUGAAGCAUGUACAGCUAUGGAAAGUCGCCUUUCACAGUACCUCUCCUAGAUGGAUACAUAGCUGCUAUCUUGCUGCCAUUGCUGCCUAUUAUGCCAAGGAGGUAGAGGCAGGCCUAAUGGAGUACAAGCCGGACAUUAUCAUUAGUGUGCACCCAUUAAUGCAACACAUUCCUCUCUGGGUUCUUAAAUGGCAAGGCCUUCAAAAGAAAGUGGUUUUUGUCACUGUAAUUACAGACCUAAAUACCUGCCACCCCACAUGGUUUCAUCCUGGGGUUAAUAGAUGCUACUGCCCGUCAAAGGAGGUAGCCAAGAGAGCAUUAUAUGAUGGCCUUGAAGAGUCCCAAAUCCGGGUUUUUGGUCUGCCUAUUCGGCCUUCUUUUGCUCGUGCAGUUCUUUCCAAGGAUGACUUAAGAAAAGAGCUAGAGAUGGAACCUGAUAUCCCUGCGGUUCUGCUAAUGGGAGGGGGCGAAGGAAUGGGACCUGUUAAGAAAACAGCUCUGGCUCUUGGCGAAUCACUAUAUGAUAAAGAUCAAGGGAAACCAAUCGGGCAAUUAAUCAUAAUAUGUGGCCGAAACAAAGCCCUUGCCUCUACAUUGGAAUCAGAGGAAUGGAAGAUCCCGGUGAAGGUCAGAGGGUUUGAGACUCAGAUGGAGAAAUGGAUGGGAACUUGUGACUGCAUAAUUACAAAAGCUGGUCCUGGUACCAUUGCAGAAGCCUUGAUCAGGGGGCUUCCAAUUGUUCUCAAUGACUUCAUUCCAGGACAGGAAAAGGGCAAUGUACCUUAUGUAGUAGAAAACAGAGCAGGAGUAUUCACCAGAAGUCCAAAGGAAACAGCUAGAAUUGUGGCGGAAUGGUUCAGCACAAAGACAGAUGAGCUGAAGAGAAUGUCAGAGAAUGCUCUUAAACUAGCACAACCCGAGGCCGUAUUUGAUAUUGUGAAGGACAUCCACGAGCUUGCCUUGCAAAGAGGGCCUCUAGCCAAUAUUCCUUAUGACUUGACAUCAUCAUUCACAAGCUUUAUUUAAUAGUUGGAUAACAUCUAAAUAUCUUCCAAAUAUAACUCAGAUUUAUUCUCUAGUAAACCCUGUACAGGUAAGCUUUAAUAUAGCAUCAUUCUUUGGUCUUAGAGGUUUUGUCCAAGAAAGAGCUGCAAAAUUCUGCUAAAACUAGCACUGAGUUCUGUAAGUCAGCUCUGGGGACUGGAUGUAAGUUAGGUUAUUGUAAAAGUUGAAAAUGUUGUAAAUUAUGAUUUUGCAAUGUCAUAGGUUUUUGUU